AUGGUGGGAAUGCAGGCUCUAGCUAAGUUCAACAUGUUUGUUGGAUAUUUGGGUUAUUUUGGUGUUUGUUAUGUUAUUGAUAUGUUUGCUAGUAGUAGCAGUAGUGAUGACAGGAAUAACAAUGUUCGAAUUAAGUUUCUAGCUUUAGCCUCCCCCUAUGUCAAUGCACGUAGAAGAAGGACAACUGUUCGAGUCAGUAAUCCAUGUAGAACUUGUUCUUUGAAGGGAUAUGAUUGGGUUGUGGAUGUGCUCAAUGGAAACCCUGUACGAUGUCAUGAAUCUUUUAGAAUGCCUGUUGAUGUUUUUAAAAAGUUAUGCAGGGUGUUAAGAGAUGACUAUGGAUUGACUUGCUCAAACAAGAUUGGCAUAGCUGAGAUGGUUGCUAUGUUUGUAUAUAUCCUUGCGCAUGCUCAAUCUAAUCGGGAUAUACAAGAGCGUUUCCAACACUCUGGAGAACCUGUAAGUCGCCUUUUCCAUAAGGUAUUGAAGUCUAUUUUAAACAUGUCAAAGGAUAUAAUAAAACCUAGGGGCAAUGCACUCCAUGAAACCCCUAGGUACAUUAGGGAGCAUCCGAAAGUUGAAUAUCGCAUAUGUUUUAAAGAUUGUAUUGGGGCAUUGGAUGGUAGCCAUGUCUCGGCUAUUGUCAUUGAAGAGAAUAGACAGAAAUUUACUGGGAGAAAAGGAGUCCCAACGCAAAAUAUUCUAGCCGUAUGUGAUUUUGAUAUGAUGUACACAUAUGUUUCUGCUGGGUGGGAGGGAUCGACUCAUGAUAGUCAAGUAUUGGACCAUUAUCUGCGUGUUGAGAAGUUGAAGUUUUUCAAGCCACCCUCCAGAUAUGCGAACAAGACAGGUUUUCUUGCACCAUACAAAGGAGAGAUGUACCAUGUCCCUGUAUUUCAGAGUGGAAUGCCUGCUUCUGGACCCCGGGAGGUUUUCAAUAAAGCGCACUCAAAACUGAGAAAUGUCAUUGAAUGGACAUUUGGGGUUACAAAGAAAAGUGGCGGAUAUUGGGUUCAAUGUCUUCUUUUGAAUUUAAGACACAAGCAAAGAUUGUGA